AAAGUAGGUCACGACAACAUAGUUUUUUAUUUUCGAAACUUUAAUAUAUUAAAUUCAUUAGAGCUUAAAAAUAUUCAUGGGAAUUAAUAAAAGAUACUGACGGAAAUUAAGCCCCUUUUUAUUUUUUGACGUCAACAAAUUAUCUUUAAAUGCGUCGUAUCUGUCGCUGCGCCACUUAAGUAUACAACAUGCCGAAUUUUAUGUCAAUUGUGCGCGGUGUUUGGUAGUUUUGGUACUGUAAUGAAUUUGAGGAAUUUUAGGUAUUUUGUGGAGCAAGCAGAUAAUUGUUAGAGGCACCCAGAGUUCAUCUUGAAGCCAACAUGAAGCCGCUUAUGCUUCACGGUCACGAGCGUUCUAUAACGCAAGUACGCUACAACCGUGAUGGUGACCUUCUUUUUUCGACUUCGAAAGAUAGCAAGCCAAAUGUUUGGUGGUCAAUCAACGGUGAGAGAUUAGGCACAUUCGAUGGCCAUAAUGGAGCAGUCUGGUGCUUUGACAUUAACUGGGACACCACCAGGUUUGUGUCUGGUGCUGCAGACAACACACUCCGAGUCUGGGAUUGUGAAACUGGCAAACAGCUGGGAGAGGCCUCAUGUAAGUCUGCUGUCCGAACCAGCUCCUUUAGCUACAGUGGCAAGAUGAUUGCAUACACUACAGACAAGGCCAUGGGAAAUCCCUGUGAAAUUUUUGUGGUGGACAGCAGGACUGCUGAUGGCUUAAACUCUGCUGACCCCAUCGUGAAAAUUCCCAUCACCAACGGCCCGAAGGUGACGUCCAUGCUCUGGGGACCUCUUGACGAGUACCUUGUCACUGGUCACGAGUCUGGCGAAGUGGUGCAGUGGGACCUGAGGAGUGGAAAGACUGAGGGCAAGAAGACGAUCAUGACCCAUGAGCACAGCAACAAGAUCAAUGACAUGCAGCUGAACCAGGAUGGCACCAUGUUCAUCACUGCCUCCAAGGAUCACACUGCAAAGCUGUUCGACAUGGCAACCCUGGAGCCCAUGAAGACCUUCAAGACGGAGAGGCCUGUGAACAGCGCCUCAAUCAGCCCCAUCAAGGACCACAUUGUGCUUGGCGGAGGACAGGACGCCAUGGACGUGACAACCACCUCCUCGAGGCAGGGCAAGUUUGAGGCCCGCUUCUACCACCUCAUCUUUGAGGAGGAGUUUGCUCGUGUGAAGGGCCACUUUGGCCCCAUCAACUCGCUGAUGUUCCACCCCGAUGGCAAGAGCUUUGCGUCUGGUGGAGAGGACGGCUACAUUCGCCUGCAGGAGUUUGACCCUGCCUAUUUUGAGUUCAGGUUUGACUACUAGGCCCUGGUGUUAGCUUUUAUACGAAUGGUGUUGGCGGCUGACCUGCUGGCAGCAUGUCAUUGGUCCAGUGGGAAACUGGGCCGUGGCGUGCCGGCGCCCUUGACGUUCACCCUGAGCUGACCAUUUGUUUGGAAGGGGAUGGUCUGAUCUGAUUGGGCCAUCCCCUUCCACAGCAGAAUCUGUUACUGGCUAGGGUGGUGUAAGGUGUUUGGACGAGGGCUUGUGCUGUCAACGUGGUGAGCAGGCCUGGCAGUGGUUGAACAUUUCCAAUGACUUUACUUUCCUGGAAUUCUUUUCCAGACAGUAUGAGUAGAGCUACCUUCUGAAAUUAUUUAUAGAUCAUUUGUUAAUCUUGUUUUGGCAGCAUUGAGUUAAUGAUCAAUACAUCUUGCUGGAUACCUAUCUACAA